AUGGCGGCGGCAAGAGCAGCAGCAGCGGCAGCAGGACCUGGUGGCGCAGCAAGAAUUGAGUGGCGACGGAAGGACGUCCGGACUCCGGCCAGAAGAGGACACUCUGCUCGCAAGACCCGCCUGGCGCUCGACUCGCCGCCGCUGCCCCCGGGAGGAUGUCACUGGUUAAGUCUCUGGGCCGGCCUUCUCAGUCCAGACUUUCUUAAAGUCCUCCAAAACAAUGCACUGUCACCAUCUCCUUACUUAUUACAAGCAGCAGGAAACUCCCUUCUCUAUAAACUGUAUCUUAAAGUCAGCUCAUGGGAUGAGGAAGCUGUGGAAAAGGCUUCAGAAGGACUUCGUGCAGUGUGUCUGUGUAUGAAUUUUAGUGCUUAUUUUAUGAAGAAAAAUGUUAAUUGCUUGCAUGGUGAUGGAGAAGGAUCUGUGUUAUCAGUUUUACAGGCAACAUUGCAGCUUGUUUUGGUAAAAGGAACUACAGGAGAAUUUGAGGGUGACGUUGUGGAUAUCUAUCAGCGAGAGUUCCUAGCACUUAGAGACCGCUUGCACGCUGCUGAGCAAGAGAGCCUCAAGCGGUCUAAGGAGCUGAACCUUGUCCUAGAUGAAAUAAAGCGAGCCAUCUCGGAGAAGCAGGCCCUGCGGGAUAUAAACCGGACGUGGAGCAGCUUAUCUGAUGAAACAAAAUUGAAACUGUGGAAUAUCACUAACAAGAAUGUGCUGCAUCUCCCCACUAUCUUUCAUCAUUUGCCACACUUGUUGUCGAAGGAGAAUAGCUUGCAGCCAGCUGUGCAUGUUGGACAGGGACGCACAGGAGUAUCAGUAGUCAUGGGGAUCCCCAGUGUCAAGCGGGAGGUACAUUCCUACCUGACAGAUACCCUUAAUUCUCUGAUCUCAGAGCUCAAUCAGCAGGAGAAGGAAGACUCUGUCAUUGUUGUCCUGAUUGCUGAGACAGAUCCACAAUAUACAACUGGAGUGGCAGAGAAUAUAAAAAGCCUAUUCCCCAAUGAAAUACAUUCUGGUCUUCUAGAAGUUAUUUCCCCUUCGCCACAUUUCUACCCUGACUUCUCCCGCCUUCGAGAAUCUUUUGGUGAUCCCAAGGAAAGAGUAAGAUGGAGGACUAAACAAAAUCUAGAUUACUGCUUUUUAAUGAUGUAUGCACAAUCCAAAGGCAUUUAUUAUGUUCAGCUGGAAGAUGAUAUCAUAGCCAAACCAAACUAUCUCAGUACAAUGAAGAAUUUUGCUCUGCAACAACCAUCUGAAGAAUGGAUGAUCUUGGAGUUCUCACAGCUUGGGUUUAUUGGGAAGAUGUUCAAGUCACUGGAUCUUAGUCUGAUUGUGGAAUUCAUACUCAUGUUCUAUAAGGACAAACCCAUUGAUUGGCUCCUUGAUCAUAUCCUUUGGGUAAAAGUCUGCAACCCAGAAAAAGAUGCAAAACAUUGUGACAGACAGAAGGCCAACCUCAGGAUCCGCUUCAAACCCUCACUCUUCCAACAUGUAGGAACUCACUCCUCCCUGGCUGGUAAAAUACAAAAGCUAAAAGACAAAGAUUUCGGAAAACAAGCUCUUAGAAAAGAACAUGUCAAUCCUCCUGCAGAAGUGAGCACCAGCCUGAAAACGUACCAGCAUUUCUCCUUGGAAAAAGCAUAUCUAAGAGAAGAUUUCUUCUGGGCAUUUACCCCCACAGCGGGUGACUUCAUACGCUUUCGCUUCUUUAAGCCACUCCGCAUUGAACGGUUUUUCUUCCGCAGUGGUAAUAUUGAACACCCUGAAGAUAAACUCUUCAACACAACGGUGGAGGUCAUGCCCUUUGAUAGCCUCCAGUCUGAUAAAGAAGCCCUGCAGGAGGGGAGAGCAACAGCAUUCAGAUACCACAGAACAUCUGAUGGCUACAUCCAGAUAGGCUCCUUUUCAAAAGGCAUUGCAGAAGGAGAAGUGGACCCUUCCUUUGGGCCUCUGGAAGCAAUACGUCUCACUAUCCAGACUGACUCGCCUGUGUGGAUCAUCUUGAGUGAGAUAUUCCUGAAGAAAGCGGAUUGAACUUUCAGAGCAAUGUGUCUAUCCACUCUUCCCCUCUUCUUCCUCUCUUCUGCGAAACUGCAGAACAUGGCAGAACCUGAGCAGCUGAUUCCUGAGGUAAAGGUGGGUUGCCCACGAAAGGGCACCUGCUGCUCCAAGAACAGGAAGAAAAAGGUGGCAGGGAAAACUGGGCAGGGUCUUGGUGUUUCCUGGCUGCACUUUCUGGGAGAAGAGAAGCAUUUUUCACAGAGACCCAUGGCUGCUGGACUGAAUAAGAAGCAGCAGCCCCCGUGUUGGUCUCUCAUGGACUCGGCUGCCUUUGCAGCUGCAGAGUGAGAACUGAGGAGAUGAACUUCCCAUGUAAAAGAUCCGGAGGGUUUUGAACUCUUGAGCAAUUCCCACACCUUUCCCUCUCCACCCUACCCCUGAGUGCUGAUGCCUGAAUGUAUCAUUCAAGGGUGCAUUUAGUAAUACGGGUUGAAGGAGCGUUAAGGCUAAAGCUAGAGGGCAACCUGAUUGUCCAGCUCUUACCAGCUGUGGAGGAGCACUGAGGUGUCGAGCAAGAAAAGCAGUCACACCUCCAGGCCUUCUGUAAGUACAAGUGGUUGCUUCAGGCCACAACUGAGGAUUAAACACGAAAGAACGCAUUUGCAGAUUGGGGAAAGAGGGUGCUGGGUGGAGGUGACAGAAUGGCAGGGAUACUAAUAAUACCACACUGUGCCUGCCAGGGCUGUUCAUGUCCCCUUCAUACAAUACAAUACAGUUUCAUGCUGAAGUUGCCAGUGUCUUCAUGCCUCAAGAAUGAGUGCAGAGCCCUUCCUUUUAAAUCCAUAUCUCUGUUAUUUACUGGUUGGUGUGAAUUUUGAAGAAAAAAAUUGUAGGGCAGUUCUCAAAUGGUAGGGAUUAGAGUGUAAUUUAAAAUAAAAACCCAAUGUCUCUAGUUAUA